UUCUGGAGCGUGCUCGAGGAGGUUUCAGGCUGGCCACCGCCUUCAUGCGCUGCAGCAUCAGGACCAUCAAAGACAACAAUGAGCCCCGAGCGAGUCACCGCGUCCAUGCGUUAAUUUCGCGCGAUGCCAUAGACCAACUAUGAAUCAUGUAUGUGAAAGUACUCUCAAAUCUGCUCGCGUGCAUCUUCGCUUCCUGUCUCCAUCAGUCCGUGGCGUCAGCCGUGUUGGAGACUGAGCUCCCUAGGGAGGCAGUGUCAUUGCAGGUACAGCAGGAUGAUACUGUAGCCGCACAGAUGCGCAACACCAGCAGGCUGCAGGAGUCAGAGCACACACUCACAUACCCCUCUCGCCUCAUAUACUACCUGAACGAGGCCUCUGAGAGCACCUACCAUGACCUGAACACCCGCGCUAAGAUUCCUGACCCAAAUGGACAGGAGGUCCAUCUCGCUCAGACUUCAUUUCAACUUCAGGUCUUUGGAACGCCAUUAAUUUUGGACCUCACAUUAAACAAUGACCUGCUGUCUUCAGACUAUGUGGAGAUACACUAUAAGGAAGGGAAGCUCAUCCAACGUAAGGGUGGAGAGCACUGUUACUACAAUGGCCAGAUCAGAGGAAUGGAGAACUCUCAUGUGGCUCUGUCCACCUGUAACGGUUUACAUGGCAUGUUCGAUGAUGGAGUCCAUAUGUAUACAAUUGAGCCUCUUAAACAGACUCACUCUAUGGAGGGAGCAGCGAGACCGCAUAUUUUACGCAGGAUGACGAUCCAGCAGCAGACCCCACCAGCAGGAGAGGAAGGCAUGGAGGAAGUGCUGUCACCUCUCGAUGAUUUGUCUUGGCUUCGACGGAGGAAAAAGCGAGCUAUGCCGAGGAAUGUGUUUGAGGAGAUUAAGUAUAUUGAACUGAUGAUCGUCAUUGACCACAACAUGUUUAAGAGGCAGAAGACUAUGCAGCACUCACAGAAUUAUGCCAAGUCUGUGGUCAACCUGGUUGAUGCUAUUUUUAAAGAGCAUCUGAACACCCGUGUUGUCCUGGUUGCUGUAGAGAUCUGGACAGACAGGGAUUACAUUCCCAUUAGUGUGAUUCCAUUCAAUAUGCUGCGGAACUUUUCCAAAUAUCGACAGCAACACAUUAGACAACGUGCAGAUGCAGUACAUCUGUUCUCUAAUGUGACAUUUCACUAUCCUCGGAGCAGCACAGGGUAUUUUGGAGGAAUGUGUUCUGUGAGUCAUGGUGUUGGAGUGAAUGAGUAUGGGUCUACAUGGACGAUGGCACUUUUGCUGUCCCAGAGUCUGGCUCAGAAUCUCGGCAUUCAGUGGGACGCAGUGUCAAAGAGAAAGGAGUGCGGGUGCAUGAACUCAUGGCUGGGCUGCAUCAUGGAAGACACUGGGGUCCAGCACCCACGGACGUUCUCUAAGUGCAGUAUCUCUGAUUUUAAAGAUUUCCUAUUGAAGGGAGGAGGAUACUGCCUCUUUAACAAACCAAGCAAGCUGUUCGAAACGACACAGUGUGGGAAUGGAUAUGUGGAGGUGGGAGAAGAGUGUGACUGUGGACCAAGAGAUGAAUGCAUUAGAGAGUGCUGUAAAAAGUGUUCUCUGUCUAAUGGUGCACACUGCAGUGAUGGACCCUGCUGCAAUAAUACAUGUCUGUUCUACCCGCGAGGUUACACGUGUCGCUAUGCAGUGAAUGACUGUGAUAUUUCAGAGACAUGCUCAGGGGACUCCGGGCAGUGCCCACAGAACCUACACAAGCAAGAUGGUUACUUCUGCUCUCUCAACCAGGGUCGCUGCUACUCUGGAGAGUGUAAGACCAGAGACAGUCAGUGUAAAUAUGUGUGGGGUCCAAAGGCUUCGAGUUCUGAGAAGUUCUGUUAUGAGAAGUUGAACACAGAGGGCUCAGAGAAAGGCAACUGUGGUCCAGAUGGAGACAAAUGGAUCCAGUGCAGUAAGCAUGAUGUGUUUUGUGGGUAUCUGUUGUGCACUAACACUGGUCGAAUCCCACGGAUUGGCAUUAUGAAAGGCGAGCUCACACCAACAAAUUUCAACCAUCAGGGCCGACUGAUCGACUGCAGCGGUGGUCAUGUGUUGCUGGAUGAUCAGACUGAUCUUGGUUAUGUGGAGGAUGGAACUCCAUGUGGUCCAUCCAUGAUGUGCGUGGACAGGAAGUGUCUCCCCAUUCAAUCUCUAAAUCUGAGCUCCUGCCCCAGCGGAUCCAAUGGACUUGUAUGCUCCAGUCACGGGGUGUGCAAUAACGAGGCAUCAUGUACAUGUGACACAACAUGGGCGGGAACAGACUGCAGUAUGCCUGAUCCUCCAAAAGUACACAAGCCCAGUGAAGACGAGGGACCCAAGGGUCCUAGUGCCACCAAUCUCAUCAUAGGCUCGAUUGCAGGGGCCAUCCUGGUGGCAGCUAUAGUCCUGGGUGGGACAGGCUGGGGGUUUAAAAACGUGAAACGGCGAGGAUAUGAUCCAAGUGCUUCUGCCAUCUAGUGGACGGACAGGAACGCUGCUCUGCAGAGCUUCUGUACUCAGCUGGGCUGCUGUUUUUGCUGCUCUUUUCUGGCAUUAGUUAUACUUGAAAAUAGUAUACUGCCUUACAAAGUGAAAACGCAGUAACUACACCAGCAUUAAAUUAAAUGGCUUCAAAUUUUUGUUUUGUUUUUUCAUCCAUAGAUAAUAAAAUAGUCUCACUCUGUUUUUUUUUUUGUUUUUUUUAACUGAGCAAAUAGAGUCAAACCUAACCCUAACCAACUUGAUUUCACUUAUUACUUAAUUUUGAAAAAAUGUGUAGUUACUAUGUUUUGCCUUUGCAGGGCAGUAUACACAAUAGUGAAUAAUUCAACCAACAAUACCUUAGUUAUGUAGAUCCACAAAUUUUAUAAACAACACUUUCUCUCAAAAAGCAAUCUUUAUUGACAUCUCCUCUCCCCAACCAGCCAAGCAGAUCAUCCUUGCAGAAGCAUGACAUCACAAACACAUAGCUUGACCGUGACACCCCAAUUGAAGGUUUUGCAUGUCUAAGCAAAUGCCAAUAAACAGCUGAAAAGAGCAUUACAAUCUAUGAAGAGAUUAAACCCAUUGCAUAACAGCUAAUUGUUGCAAACAAGAUCUGAAACACCCAUCAUUCAUUUUUAUUUGAUAGAGUUAGUUAAUAGCUGCAUGCCUUAUGCCCAAAGUAUACCUCAGUUAGACGCAAACACCAGACGUCUGCGUACGGGACGGGUGACGUAAAUUUCAUCAUCAGCAGAGUGCUCAAGCACUGAACAUAUGCAUGUAUGCACACGUGCCUGGAAUUAUUUGCACUAAUUAGUGGGCCCACAAUAUGGCUCGUUGCAUUAAAAAAGAAGUGCAAGAAGAAGAUGCAAAUACAACAGGAGAUGAAGGUGGAAACAACAGCUGUGGAUAGCCACAUUAAGAGCACGUGUGUGAGGAGGUCAGGUCAAAUCUGCAAAUGUAUAACUCGAGUCUGAAGGACUAUAAAGACAUCUUUAAAAGUAAAGUAUCUCAUAGCAGCUGUAGUGUGCAUGCGUCAACCACCUGUUUAUGCGCACAGUUAAAAUGAGUAAACAUUGAAAGGCUAAGCAGGGGCACAACUACACAUAUGUUGAGGGGUAUACAACAUCAGUGUUGGUGCAUCCUCCCCCACCAAUACACACACACUACAACACAGAUAAAAGGCCAAAAAUCCAUAGGCAACUUUCGUGACCUUUGGAGCCCUUUUUAACUUUAUGAAGGUGACAAAAUAUUACACACCUAGAACGGAACCAUUAAUAACUUAACACUUUUCAAACUGCUUCAAAAUGUAACAAAUAUUACAAUUCGGAACAAAAUUUAAAAAAACAAAAACAAAUGAAAAUGUAUAAAUAAAUUUAAAAAAAAUUAAAUCAAGAAUUCAAUAAAAAAGUUACAACUUAAUGUGAUGCCAAUUAUUUAAUUCAAACUUUUAUAUUUAGAAUUUAGUUUAGAAUGUUUAUACGAACAGUCAUGUACAUAGCAAUGAAACCUUUUAGUUAUAAAAAACUAAUUAUAAAUUUAAUUUUAUCUGCAUCGUUAUUUUCCAUCCAAACAGAAAAAUAAAGAAGAGGCUUAAUUGUUCAACAUGACUGAUUCUGAAGCAAGCCUCUCCAUCACACAUUUCUUUGCCCAAUUUCUUGGAUUUUGUCAAUAAUUGAUCUAGGUGUUGUUUAAUCAUUCCUGAGAUAAUUUACUCAUGCCACAUCCAAUGGUUUCUCACGUCAUGUUUGACAGCGAGACAACAACAGGCAAAGGUAGGAAAGCACAGCAACAUUAGUUAUGGUUAGAAAGAGGAGCCCAAGUUUGGGUUGGACAUGGCGUAGGGUCAGUUAACAACUUUUUAAACAAGCUUUUCUCUCUAAAUGAAAAGCAAUUGAACGCCCAUCCCAAACAUACGGCGACUUUUUGCAUAACUCUGACAGUAAAGAUACUCGUAAAUUGGCAACAUUAUGCCGGUUUCACAUAUCCUCCGUGAGCGGGGUGUGAGCAGCGCGUUUUCAUUUUGGCGCCUAUGUUAGCUGAUUACACCCUUCACAUUGCAAGCGUGAGUCGCGAGGUGAAGUGUCCCAGACGCAGCAGUGAGCGGAUAGUUUUGCCGCCGAGCCUAUUUUUUGUUGUGCGUCUCACACUGAACUCAGUGGCUCUGGGUACAGUAGAAAACUAAAAUAAUCAGGAGAUUUUAGAAAAGAAGCAAAAACAAACAAACAAUAUUUAAACUGAACCAACUAUACACUACAAUUUAUUGGUCUGCAUACAAACAAACACAAAAUAACUAAACAAAGGAAAGAAUAAAUAAAUAAACUGCAGGACUGUUGCCCGUAUUGUUUAUUUACAGAGACAGUUUAGAAGAGACUGGUAUUAAAAUUAAUUGGAGAAAUUGGAACGCCCCCUUACAGGUAAAAGAGCCAAUCACCUUUUAGAUAAAGACAUUGCCUGUCAAUCAACUCAAGAAUGUGCAUGCACAUUAGCUGAUCCAGCCUGAAAAAAAAGUGUUUUUUAGCAUAAUCUGAGGUAAAGCAGCACAAUUUAUGAUACUAUUGUUGUCAGAUUUUACUGCUGAUUUUAAAUAUGUUCUUUGAUCGUAAUAUUGACCAACCAUUUUGGAAAUUUCAGUCUUUCCACAUUCAAGUAGAUAGGAGCUGUACUUUUAUGAUGCUUGUUUACAAAGAAAAUUGCUUCCCAGCUUGCCCGAGAGCAUUCCAAAUGUGACCGCCAAGUGGACUGACUUGCCUUGAAAGGGGCUUUGAUAUAUUAAGCAAUCAUGACCAAGUACGCUGAUAAACAAGUGCAAGUGACUGCCUACCGUUGCUGUAUGAACCUUGAAAAGAGAAGCGUCCAAUGUGAAAUCCCAAAUGCAAUGUGUUGCUCACGCCACGCUCAUGCCCUGUUCACAGAGGAUAUGUGAAUCCGGCAUUAAAUGUCGGUUAACUUCAAGACUUUCUUCAAGAUCUUCAGUGAUAAAGUGAUAAGUUAAGCCUACAAAUAACUCUUUAUCCACUUGGGCAUUGUUUUUUUAAUUAUAAUGUAGUGUUUUUCAUUUUCCAUCUUUGUUUUUCUGUUCAGCGCUCCAGGCCAGAAUGCAUUCCCCCUCUGAACAUUUUUGUCAUGUGACAGUCAGAGCAACUUCAGUAGACAGAGUGUGAGUGGUAGCUUUGUAGUUACUUCUUGAUAAAAUGAAAUAAAAAUAAAAUAAAAAUGCAUAUUUGAACACAUUUAAAAUGCUAAGAAAAUUUUAAGUUAAUCAAAUAAAAGUUAAAUAAAAUACAUUCUUUCAUUAUUGUUUAAAAUUGUGCUUUUAUUUAUUUGUAAGGCAUUACAAUUAACCAAAACAAACCCCCACCUUGUGUGGUGCCCCUAUGAGUUGCGUCUGUUGCAUUCCCCAUUUUUGCGCCCCUGAGGCUUAGUGUCCGACAGUAUGCAUGCGCUAAGCAUUCACGGAAAAAGCAAAGUAUACUUUGGGCAGAAGCCUGAACGUGCAUUCAUUAAACCGUUUCAUGGGGUCCUUAAUUGAAGUUGAUGCUGUUGAUGUUCAUUGACCCCACCCAUGGGUCUGACUUAAAUUAGUUCAAUUUACUUAAAUUAGUUCACAUUUACCAUAUAGUGUGCUGUUCAAAAUUUUUCAUAAUGUUGACAAAUUAUACAUCGUUAUUAUGUCAACAUUAUUAACUAUUUUUUGACUAGAAUAUAUAGUAUAUGUGAACUAAUUUAAGCAAAGUGACAUCAGUUCUGGGUGGGGUGGCAUGCACAUCAACAGGUUGAACUAUAGCAUCACUUUAUAUACUUACUGAUCAUUUGAUCAUUUUUAUUAAUUUUACUGUUUUUCAGAAUGUUUUCAUGUUUAUUUUUGACGCUGUGCACUGAGUUAUCUGUUAGUAAUCUGCCUUUUGCUGUCAACUGGGGCUGUGCGGUAGGAUGUACGUGAAUACAUCUACUGAUGCUGUAUGUCACCAUCUACUUUAAAUUAGGAGCUGACUCUAAGCAAAAGAUCUAAAGUAAAAAUGUAUAUGUUUGGAUGUUAUACAGAGCACUUUACUGUUAUGUUGUUUCCCCUGUAAGGUUGAGGUAGCAUUAUAACAACAUUAAAAACACCUGCAAUAAUUCUGAUCCUUUAAAUAUACUGUGUUUUAUCUGUUAAACUUAUCCUACCACCCAAUUGUAGCUGCUGACCCAAUCUGUUUCUCUGCUUUUCAAUACAUUAUAAUCAGACCUAUGGUCUUUGUUCUCCAUCUUGAUCUCCUUCAGUUCUCAGUGCUGACCCUACUGGAAGUGAUUGCUUUUCUGCAUGAAUUCAUUAUAACGGGCUUUAUUACUCUGUAUGUAUGAAGUGAGUGCCCAAACCCAUAGGAAUAUAUAUAUAUUCGAGAUUUAUCGACGAGAUUUUGCUGUACUAAAUGUGCAUGUCAGCUACAAAAUGUUUAUUUACUAUGCGAACGAAUUUGUUGCACAAAGAAAGGGUUGAAAGCUGCCCCUGUUUUUUGUUUAGCCAUGAGUUACAGUAUGCUGUGCUUGACAUAUCAGAAAAAAAAAAAAGAAAAAAAAAAACUUUGUUGCUCAUUAUCCUUUAAUAAAAAAUAAUGAAUGUAUUCCCUUUUCUUAAAAAGAUCAGCUCAUUUGGCAGGAAAAAAAAAAAAUCCCAAUUACUUUUAAACAGAUUUUGGACACUUGUCUCCUAUAUUUUCUCAGUUUUUCAUUUGCACUGUUAUUGAGCCUAAAUGUACCUGCAUUUACCUGCUGCUGUUACUCAUAGAAAUACAUCAUGCAUAAGAAAAUAAGCCAUCAAAAUAAACAAUAAAAUAAACAAUAUUUCGUA